GAGGAGGCUAGUGCUGAAUCGCGGUAACCACAGCACACUUUCUACACAUUCCAACAAGCAAUGCGAUAACUGAUGCGAAUGUUGCCAUAAUUGACAGAAUCCUCGGACGCACAGAAGAGAACCUUCACGAUGGCAUCACAAUCUUUGUGGAACCCUGACAACAUACGAGAUGUCGCCGAAUCAGUUGGCAUCAAUAACAUAUCCGCAGAAUGCGUGGACAGCUUGGCAAGAGAUGUAGAUUUUCGGGUCUCACAAGUGAUUGAGGAGGCAAUUAAGUUCAUGCGACAUUCAAAGCGCACGAUUCUUCACACAGAUGAUAUAUCACAGGCUUUGAAGGUGCUGGAUGUCGAGCCGCUCUUUGGGUACGAGUCGACAAGACCUCUAAGGUUUGGCGAAGCCUCCCUAGGUCCCGGCCAGCCUCUAUACUAUGUUGAAGACGAGGAGGUGGAUUUUGAAAAGCUCAUCAAUGCCCCGCUUCCGAAGGUUCCACGUGAGAUUUCGUUUACGGCGCACUGGCUUGCAGUAGAGGGUGUUCAGCCAUCAAUCCCACAAAACCCUACGUCCGCCGAUUUAAGACAUCAAGACUUAUUGCCUAAAGGGCCUGGUGCAAGCGCAAGUCUGGCAGCUCUGAGCGGACAGGACAGUGUCACGGUUAAGCCUUUGGUCAAGCAUAUCCUCUCGAGCGAAAUUCAGCUCUACUUCGAGCGCAUUACACAUGCUAUCCUAGACGAGUCCAACAACGAGCUUCGAGGUGCAGCAUUCAACUCAUUACGAACAGAUCCUGGUUUGCAUCAACUCAUACCGUACUUUAUCCAUUUCGUGAAUGAGAAGGUUACCCACAAGCUCAAGGAUCUGUUUACCCUUACGCAAAUGCUCAAUCUCCUGGAACAGUUAUUAUACAACCCAUCGCUCUAUAUAGAGCCUUACAUUUCUUCAUUUGUUCCACCCGUCCUCACUUGUCUCGUGGGGAAACACCUCGGCCAACCGUCGGAUACAACGCAAGCUGUUUUUAAUCUGCGUGAUCAUGCCGCAGCACUGAUCCUAGCUAUUGCUAAAAAGCAUGGCAAAUCCUCACAGACACUCAAGCCGCGUCUUGCGCGAACACUUCUCAAAACAUUCCUCGAGCCCAAAAAGCCAUUUGGAGCUCAUUAUGGUGCUAUAAAGGGCCUGCAGGGUCUGGUUGGCGCUGAGGGAGUGAGAGUGUUACUACUUCCUAACCUUGCAGCGUACGAUACCUUACUUAAAGAGGGCCUUGCGGAUGAAAACCGGAAAGCGGAAGCAGAAAUGGUGCUGAAAGCUCUCCUAGAGAGUCUUAUGCUACUCACGAAUGAUGUAGUUAAGGUUCAGAAUGGUGAAAACUCUGAAAACACGCUGGAACGUUUGAAGGAGCGAGUCGGUGAGGUUAUAGGCACCAAGGUUGCCGAGGCUCAGAAUGCUCGCCUCACCAAAGCAAUACUACAAGCAGAUAUCAGCAUAUAGCGCCCGAGAGGGAGUUUAAACAAAUCGUUUUCAUUGGGAAUUUGCUUAAUUUCUGGAAUCGGCAAGGGCGUUAGGAUGCAAAUUACUGCAUAGUGGCAUGAUACCAUGGGAUUGGCUUCACAAGCCAGGGUUAGCAAUAUCCGACCUAACAAAAUAUCUGAAGGAACCUUUGAACUACGAUAUAACUUGAUUAUUCAUUACUUUUGAAUAGGACAUAGGAUGGAAAGAAGAUCAUGUCUUCCGCCAAAUACCGCUUACACGGGCAAGAACCUUA